GCCGAGUGUGUUUUCAUAAACAAACCACAUUUUUCAUCUGUCCGUGGUGCAAUUAGUCACGAACCUGACAAUUUGCCAACUCUGUCGAAAAGAGCUCUUUUAUUCAUUUUUAACAACAACAAAUAUUCUUUGGAAACGAUUACAUUUUACAAAGGAACGCGGCAACGCAUGUCAUAAACAGAAGCUCUCUGUAUUUUCUUUAUUGUCCGAGACGUCAACGCGUGGUCGACUGCUGCUGUGAGCCCAACUAGCGCUUCGUACCGUUUUAGUUUGUUGUUUUUUUUCUGCUGACAGUCACAUCGGUCCACCGUCUGUAGGCAGAGAAGAUUCCUGAUAUCGGGAGAUAUGGUCAAGCUGACAAAAGCCAAGACGUUCCAGGCUUACCUGGACUCCUGCCACCGCCGCUACAGCUGUGUUCACUGCCGCGCCCAUCUGGCCAACCAUGAUGAUCUUAUCUCGAAGUCUUUCCAAGGAAGUCAAGGCAGGGCUUACCUCUUCAACUCUGUGGUGAACAUCGGCUGUGGCCCUGCAGAGGAAAGGCUGCUGCUCACGGGUCUUCACGCAGUGGCUGACAUCUACUGUGAAAACUGUCACACCACCCUGGGCUGGAAAUAUGAACAAGCCUUUGAACUGAGUCAGAAGUACAAGGAAGGGAAGUACAUCAUCGAGCUGUCUCAUAUGAUAAAAGACAACGGCUGGGACUGAGCGGGAAAUCUUCAUUGUUCUCCAUGACUUUCUUUUUUCCUUUUUUCCCAAAAGUUGCAUCCCCUCGUCCUAGCGGGGUUCCAGUGUAGCUUCCUCAUCCCGCAUUCGAGCCAUCGCCGUGCCGCACUUUCACUCUCUAUGGCUUUGCCAUGAAUAGCAUGUGAUGCCUUAUCUUCCUCCGUUCUUUGUGUGUUUUCCAGCAGCCACAGCAAGGUUUCUGAUAAUGCAAUCCCAAAUGCUAGCUGCGCUCGGGGCGGGUGUGAAUGACUGUCGGGUUUGUGUGUGGAAUAACUCUCGGGCACGUGUGUGGUCAUUGGAUUUUUAGGCGUGUGUUUGAGUGAUGAACCUCUUAUCAGUGAUCAAUAAGCAAGACUCACUCGGUAGGGUUGAGGCCGGUGCAAGUCAAACAAUAGUGACCUUGCAUUCUUGUUUUUGGGUUUUUUCUCUCCCUUCCUAUGUUUACAAUGCCGAUCUUAAUAUAUCUGGCCAAGACACAGAUUAUGCAAGUCAAUUGAUGAAGCAGUGGAGCUCUUUUUUUGAACAAUUAUAGUUUCUGUUUUUAUAAAGAUCACUUCAGAGUUUGUCAGUUAUAGAAGUUGUUGAAUUAGUAAUGGUCCCAUGCCCAUACGCAUUUCCCGCAGGUAAUUUAAAAACCGAACUCUCUUCGACUUGUGGAUGUGAGAGUGUGUGCGGACAUGUGUCCUUGGUCAUUCAGCUCUGUGGGGAACUUGGCAUGACAAAGAGCACAUAUUUAGCUAAGUGUGGGUGUGUCAAUAGUAGAACUGGCUCUCUGGUAGGUGUCAGAUGCUUGAAUUUGAUCAUUGGAUUUUGAGUCUAAAAAGUGUCCUCACAGUGGCUGAAUUUCAAGUUGGCGUUUGCAGUGUAUACCUGGAGUUUUACCUGCACAAUUAGGAAAUCCACUACUUGCUGACAUUCUAGAGUGAGCCUCUAUGUGUUUGUUUUGCGGUGUCACGAUGAGAGGCCCUUUGCAGCUCCAUUUACUCAAUCGUGUUUGAGCAAUGUGUGAUUAGAAUUAUAUAGCAUAUUUUAUGGUGAUUUUUAUUGUCUGCUUCUUUUCAUUAAAGUAUAAUUUUAAUCUGAUCUUUCAUUAAAAUUAAAAUACUGUACAGUCCA